AUGGCGACAAUUAAUUUAAAAGAACAUUUAGACUUCCUGAAUAAAGACCAGUUAUCAGAUCGAGAACCGUCUGACCCGGACAUCCUACAGACCCAGGAGGACGUAUUCAGUCUUAACUCAUCCAGCCUGUGUUUGAUUGAGGCGGCUCAGGCUAAUUCUAAAACCAAAUCAACCGAAGUGGACAAGUCAGGAAUCCUGGCCCAUCUACACCAUGGGUCACCUCUAGAGUCCAUAACCGAACUGGCAGAGGUGGAGGAUACCAGUGAACAUCGCAGCCCAGGCGACGGAGAGAUUAGAAUGAAGGAAACCACCGAAGAAACAUUCUCGACACCAACUGCAAGACGUGCAUCAUUAAGCACAGAUGGACGUUGCGAUAGCCUGAACCUCACCGAUUUUGAACAGGUCCACCACAUGGAUUGUACUGCACGUUUAGAAAGCCUGAUGACGGAUACCUGCGACCACAUGCCUGAGAUUCCAGUUGGAUCACGUCCCCAGGAUGAUACCGCAAGUCUGCAAGUAAAGUCAUACACACCCGAUUGGACAGAAGCACCCCAACACCAUCUGACCAGCUCUAACUCCUGCUCUGGAGUUCUAGAGGUCCGGUUGGAUAGCCAGACCUCCAUCACACCUCAGCAAGACCUUCAAGAGCCCACAGAGGAGCCCUUGUAUCCCAAAAUUAGUGCGAACCGCAUAGCAACACUCAACGAUGGGUUAUCGGACUCAGACGACAAACCGAAGUCUGAGAUGUCUGACGAUCGGAAGUGUGAAAACAAAGAGGCAAACCAGAACCUGAUCGAGAUCCUCUCGACAUGUGAGGCUAAAGUGGAUCAGCUCGAGCAGCUCAAAUCUUCUUCAUUUGAACUGUCUGCUCAGCUGCAUUCAUCUCGGGCUCUGGCAUCCAGGCUGCAUCACAGAGUUCUUUACCUCGAACACCAAAGUCAUCUUAAAGAUAAAGAACUCCAUGAGCUGACGAUGAAGCUGGAGAAGACAAGUGAAGCUCUGCGAGCAAGGAACUCAGAAAUGUCAUCCAUCACUGACGAGCUGCACCGACUGGAAGUGAAGAACAUGCCAACUUCUGCCAGGACCAUUAGUGUGAACGGACAGGUUGCUACUAACUCGCACCACCUUGACCACAGCAGCUCCAGGGUGUGCACACUGUUAUGAAUACAGAAUGCGUCCCAUUGGGACGAG